AUGGUUGUGGCGGCUCUUGCUCUGCUGGCUCUCUUGCCCCAGGCCCUAGCGCAAGACAACAGCAGCUACGUCGACUACAACGUCGAAGCCAAUCCAGAUCUCUUUCCGCAAUGUCUGGCGACAAUCGACCUGGCCUUUCCCGAUUGUCAAGAUGGGCCUCUGAGCAAGAACCUCGUCUGCGAUUCUACAGCCUCGUCCUAUGACCGCGCUGCUGCCUUGAUCUCCCUUUUCACCCUCGAGGAACUCAUCAACAAUACGGGCAACACCAGCCCCGGUGUCCCCCGCUUGGGUUUGCCCCCAUACCAGGUCUGGAGUGAGGCCUUGCAUGGACUAGAUCGCGGCAACUUCACCGAUCAAGGGGCCUACAGCUGGGCGACCUCCUUCCCCUCGCCCAUCCUCACGGCUGCCGCCUUCAAUCGGACCCUGAUCAACCAGAUUGCCUCCAUCAUCUCCACCCAAGGCCGCGCCUUCAACAACGUUGGCCGUUACGGUCUCGACGUCUAUGCUCCGAACAUCAAUGCAUUCCGUCAUCCAGUCUGGGGUCGCGGACAGGAGACCCCGGGUGAGGAUGCCUUUACACUUUCCGCCAUCUAUGCGUACGAAUACAUUACCGGCAUCCAGGGUGGAGUGGAUCCGGAGCACCUGAAGCUCGGAGCUACCGCGAAGCACUUUGCUGGGUAUGAUCUUGAGAAUUGGCACAACCACUCCCGUCUGGGGAACGAUCUCAUCAUCAGCCAGCAAGACUUGGCGGAGUACUAUACGCCGCAAUUCCUCGUGGCCUCCCGCGAUGCUCGCGUUCACAGUGUCAUGUGCUCCUACAACGCGGUCAACGGUGUGCCCAGCUGCUCCAAUUCCUUCUUUCUGCAGACACUCCUGCGUGACACCUUCUCCUUCGUCGACCACGGUUACGUCUCCGGCGACUGCGGUGCCGUCUACGGCGUCUUCAACCCCCACGGCUAUGCAGCCAACGAGUCCAACGCUGCCGCCGACUCCAUCCGCGCAGGCACCGACAUCGACUGCGGAACCUCCUACCAAUACCACUUCAACGAAUCCAUCGUCACCGGUGCCGUCGCCCGCGAUGACAUCGAACGCGGCCUCAUCCGUCUGUACUCCAACCUCGUGCGUCUCGGCUACUUCGACGGCAACAGCAGCAGCCCGUACCGCAGCCUCAGCUGGACAGACGUCCAAAAGACCGACGCAUGGAACAUCUCCUACGAAGCAGCCGUCGAGGGCAUCGUCCUCCUCAAGAACGACGGCACCCUCCCGCUCGACUCCUCUAGCAGCAGCAGCAGCAGCAGCAGCAGCAGCAACAAGUCCGUCGCGCUGAUCGGCCCCUGGGCUAACGCCACCACGCAACUCCAAGGCAACUACUACGGGACGGCCCCCUACCUCAUCAGCCCGAUCGAUGCCUUCACCUCCGCCGGCUACGAGGUGCACUACGCUCCCGGCACAGCGAUUUCCAGCAACUCGACCGCGAACUUCAGCGCAGCGCUCGCCGCCGCCCGCGCCGCCGAUACCAUCAUCUUCUUGGGUGGUAUCGACAACACCAUCGAAGCCGAAGCCCAGGAUCGCUCCUCGAUCGCCUGGCCGGGCAACCAGCUCGACCUCAUCCACCAGCUCGCCGCGCACAAGCAACCGCACCAGCCGCUGAUCGUCUACCAGAUGGGCGGCGGCCAGGUCGAUUCCUCCGCCCUCCAAACCAACCCCAACGUCAACGCCCUCCUCUGGGGCGGCUACCCCGGCCAAUCCGGCGGCCUCGCCCUGCGCGACAUCCUCACCGGCGCCCGCGCCCCCGCAGGUCGCCUCACCACCACCCAGUACCCCGCCGCCUACGCCGACGCCUUCUCCCCGCUGGACAUGAAUCUCCGCCCCAACCAAUCCUCCAACAACCCCGGCCAGACCUACAUGUGGUACACCGGGGAACCUGUCUACGAGUUCGGCCACGGCCUCUUCUACACGAAUUUCUCCGCUUCCCUGCCUGCUACCAGCACCAGUAAUCACACGGAAGCGGGAGCCCACUCCUACACAUUCAACAUCUCCAGCAUAGUAGCCGCCGCGCACCCCGACACAACAACCGUCGGCCAGCAAACCCUCUUCAACUUCACCGCUACGAUCACGAACACCGGCGACCGGGACUCGGAUUACACCGGCCUGGUCUUCGCCAACACCUCGAACGCAGGCCCCGCGCCGUACCCGAAUAAAUGGCUCGUCGGGUUCGACCGCUUGGGCAGUGUGCAGAAGAACGGCGGGAAGAAAGUGUUCAGUGUGCCUAUUGCGGUGGAUCGGUUGGCUCGCGUGGAUGAGGAUGGGAGUUCGGUUUUGUUCCCGGGCACGUAUGAGGUGGCGCUGAAUGUCGAGCGGGAGGUGGUUGUGACGGUUGAGUUGGUAGGGAGCGAGGCGGUUUUGUUGAAGUGGCCGAGGGUUACGGAGGAGAUUUUGGCGGAUUCGUAG